AUGACGGGCUUUAGCAAUAAGGCCAUAGUUAUUGAUGGCCGUGGCCAUUUACUCGGUCGCUUGGCCGCAGUAAUUUCGAAGGUCCUCCUCGAAGGAAACAAAGUUGUUGUUGUAAGAUGUGAACAAAUCAACAUCUCAGGAAACUUCUUCAGGAAUAAGUUGAAGUUUAUGUCAUUUUUGCGCAAACGCUGCAAUGUAAAUCCAGCCCGGGGUCCUUUCCACUUCAGAGCACCAUCUAAGAUCUUGUGGAAAACUGUCAGAGGCAUGAUUCCUCACAAGACUGAACGUGGAAAGGAUGCUCUCCGAAGACUCCGUUCAUAUGACGGCUGUCCCCCACCUUAUGACAACCGCCGCAGAGUGGUUGUGCCUGCGGCUUUAAGAGUAUUCUGUCUUAAACCUGGUCGUAAGUACUGUCAUGUUGGCCGUCUGUCACAUGAAGUUGGAUGGAAGUACCGCGGAGUUGUCCGCAAGCUAGAGGACAAGAGAAAGUUCAAGGCAAUCCACAAAAUCGCAUAUGAGAGGAAACUUAAGAAAAUCACUAAGGAGGCCGGUGAAAAAGUUGCAAAGACGACAGCACCCUUCACCGCCGUCAUGCAAUCCUACGGAUACAAUUAG